AUGUACUCACAGUCAUUAAACGGCUAUGUGCUCGAGGGGGAUGAAACCCGAAUUUUCCAAUAUGAGCACUAUGAGUAUCGAAAGGGACCACCCUACUUACACAGCAGUUUUCCAGUGUUCUCAAACCCACCCUUCACAGCCAUUUCGCAACACCUUCCUGCGUUCAGAUGUUUGGAGGCAGUCUGUUGGGCUGUCCUUAGACAUACGUGUUUAAGGCCCGUGUCCCAGUAUGCUGUUUUCCAGGAUGCGUUCACUAUACCUACUGUCGUUAGGCAACACCUUCCUGCGUUCAGAUGUUUGGAGGCAGUCUGUUGGGCUGUCCUUAGGCAUACGUGUUUAAGGCCCGUGUCCCGGUAUGCUGUUUUCCAGUAUACAAUGUUUGAAUCCACCAUAAUAAAAUAUCUUGAUACGGUAAAAAGUAAAGAUUGGUCGAUCCUUGGGAUCUUAGAAUUUGCACGAUCAAACUCGAACACUAAAUUAUCCGUAGCUACACUCAACGAUUUCAAGGAAGACCUAUACUCAAUAUUAUCUGGCUAUAAUGAUAAAUGCAAUGUUCACGUACUUGCUAAAAACAAAGUGACGAAGAUUUUAUCGAAAUUUAAUUCUUCAUUCUUCACAGCCGAAGUGAAGCAAUUCAUCAAGGAUCUUGAGUAUCACGAAGAAGCGCGAAUAAACGUAACAUCAACUUACACUGCCACAGUAUUAAGGGAUCAACAAGAAAACCAAAUACUUAUUGAUCAAUUACGAGAAACAUCCUCGGAAAAGGAAAAGGAACGUGAAAAAAUUACUAGACCACUUGAUGUGGAAGAAGAUGAUGAACAUUCGUACAAACGUCAAUGUAAAGACGAAGGACUAUCAGAUUUAUUCGAGGUUUUAGAUGAUGAAUCCUUUGUUGAAUGGGAGUUUGAUACACCGAAACCAAGUUGGCUGGAUAAAAUAGCACACGAGCGUGAUUCAUUAAUUUACAAUGCUUUCAAUUGUAAUAAUAAAAUGAUUCCAUAUGAAUUGUCAUUAAAUCCAAUCUGGUGGAGGAUUAUUGAUAUAUCUGAUCCAGAGAUCGGGACCCUUAUGUCGGAAAAUGAAUUGUCAGAAUUGAAUGCAAAAUUUUCAUCCCUUCUAGAAAACUGGGCCACAUUAGAACCAAAAGCGGAAAGUUACUUACAAUCUCUCGAAAAGCUUGACAACGAUCAACUCCGCACUAUUGGAGAAACAGUAAGACCUAAAGGAACACAUGGUGCGAUUCUCGAGCUUCAAAAAUUAUUGGAAAACAUAAAGGAACGGGAAGUUCCAGAAUCAGAUAAUUUAUUUGAAGAUGAAAAAGAUAAUAAAACGGAUCAGCAUAAAGAGAUUUCACCAUUGACUCCCGACGACUGUAUGAAUCCGGAUGUUGCUUUCAUUUUUGAUUUAAUUCGAUUUACAUGUGAAAUGAUUUCAAAAGGAAUUACUCAACGACCAAAUACUGAACGCGACAUUGAUGUAUUUAUAAAACGUCACAUUUUCUCUUGUUUCGAUACUAUUCUGGAUAGUCACUUUGGCGAGAUGGUAUCAAGGUCUUCCCGAAAUCGCCGAGCAGAGGCAAUAAAUGCACCAACUAAUGCAGAAGGUUACCACUUGGACUGGAUGUUCACGAGGCAUGAUUUAGGAAGAGAGUUAUGUUGGGGUCGCGAGUUUUCCCUUUGUGAGCGUACAGGAUCAAAAAUUGAAGACACACCUAAGAUUUUUUCAAACUCACUUAAAGUACAGAAAACAUUACGCGACAUGCACCAAAAUCUAAUUAAGACAAUAUUUGCCGAGGGUGGGGGAACACUUUCGAAACCAGUUCUUGAAGCAAGCACAAAGCUUUUAAUGCCCGGAUUUUUAUCCUCUUAUUUUUUUAUGCGUGCAAUUCUAAUUAUAUAUAUUGGCGGUGGAUUUUAUGCGUCCGUAAAUUUAUCCGAAUUUUAUAUUCCAACAAAAUAUCAAGAACUUGAAUUCCUCAUUAAAAUGUCACGAAUAAUGCUCCAAAUAAAGAAAUUAUUAUCAAUUUCUAUUUCACGAUUUAAGCAAAUGAAAAGCAGAGCUGAAAAAGAGAAAUUUGCACUCGGAAAGGUGACAAUGCCUACUAGGCAGAGGGAAUACAGAUCCUUCCAAAAACCGAGGGUUCCGAAAGAAGCAUCUACAAAAGACAUUUCGCCACUUAUCGAAAGCCAACUCGAAGGAGAGGAAGCUAUUACUCCCGAUCCUAUACCCGAAACGGAACAUAGCUCAACCCAAUCCGAAUCUUUAGCAAAGCCUAAAACGUCUGCAACCUCUCCGCCACAAGACAUUAUCGAUGAAGAUUCAGCUGAGACUCUAGAUUUUGUAGAAACGGAAAAAAAACUUCAAGAAUCACAUAAUUACUUAACUCCACCAAUACAAUCCGAAACAUCAACCAUGUCGACACCUUUGGACCCAAAAACUGUGAAAAAGCUUUUGGAUCAGAAUCAAAAUAAAAGCCUGGACAAAACGUCCCAAUCGCACAAGAAAAAGGGAACAGAGAAUAUCACUCAAGUAAUAGCUGAUGGCAUUCAGGAUAAUAUUCUUUCAGGUGAAACAAAGAUUCAAAGUUUUGCUUCCUUAAAUCAUGUGACUGAAGUUUCAGCGACAGACUGUCAUCAAAAUUCUUCUACAAUCUCAUUACUUUACUUGACACAAUUAUUUGAUAAAGCAACUAAUGCUGAAUAUUAUGCUAAGAAAGCUAACCAGAAAGAAAUCUUAUGCUGGAUCAAUUAUGGAAGUGAAUUCAUAAUUCAGUAUAAUGAUCUUAUAAAAAAUAGUGAUAGUAAUAUUGAUGAGAAAAAGGCAAAAGAUAUAAUUUAUGAUAAAAUAUUAGAGCAUAUUACUAUUAUUUAUGAAAAAAGAUCCAAGAAAAUGUGA